CAAGGAGGGGGGAAAAGAGUCCCUUCCAGCUGUCGAGAGCAACACUGACAAGCUGGUCGGUUAACAGUGAGCCCUCCCGCAAAUGUCCACCGCAUGUCCAUGUGGGCAUUGAUCCGCGUGACAGAUCACCGCCUCUAAAGCAGCCUCGGGUUCAGGGUUUGCCCCUCCUGACCAGCACCAAUCUGAGAUGGGUAGAAGGAGGGGGCGGGAAGGUUAGUUUGAAGAGGGCAGAGCUUUGCAAGAGGACGUCGAUUUCCCUAUUAUUUCACCGCUGAAAGAAAAAAAUCCAAACCCAGUGGACAAUAACAGCUGAGGGAGAAAUCAGUCGGACCAAACGUCAGAACCUCAUUAACUCCAAGGAAACCCAGUCGGGAGAGAGAAGAAACUGCUAGAACGCAUCCUUUACUGCUGCUGGAGUCCUCUGUAUAAACUGAUAUGGCUGCUGCACUGUGGAAGCCUAAAUCAGUGGACCUGGGCUUGUGGAUCUUCGUCCUACUUCUCAUCCUCCUUCCUGCAGCCAGGGCAGUAGUUGGACACAGAGAGCCGUUACCUGAUGAUAGUAAAGACAAUAUCACCAUUUUCACCCGAAUCCUAGACAGGCUUUUGGAUGGAUAUGACAACAGGCUACGUCCUGGGCUGGGAGAGAGUGUGACAGAAGUGAGGACAAACAUCUAUGUGACGAGUUUUGGGCCAGUGUCGGAUACAGACAUGGAGUACACCAUCGAUGUGUUCUUCCGUCAGAGUUGGAGGGACGAGAGGCUGAAGUUUGACGGGCCCAUGCAAGUGUUACCCCUCAACAACCUCCUGGCCAGUAAGAUCUGGACUCCCGAUACCUUUUUUCACAACGGGAAGAAAUCGGUGGCCCACAACAUGACAACUCCUAACAAACUGCUACGACUAGUUGACAAUGGCACGCUUCUCUACACAAUGAGGUUGACCAUUCAUGCUGAGUGCCCCAUGCACCUGGAGGAUUUCCCGAUGGAUGCACACGCCUGUCCUCUGAAAUUCGGAAGUUACGCUUACACCAACAACGAGGUGAUCUACCUGUGGACCCAGGGAGACGAGAAGUCUGUCGCUGUCGCAGAGGAUGGCUCCAGGCUCAACCAGUAUGACUUACUGGGACAUGUUAUUGGCAAAGAAACCAUCAGCUCCAGCACAGGAGAAUAUGUAGUGAUGACAACAUAUUUCCAUUUGAAAAGGAAAAUUGGCUAUUUUGUGAUUCAAACCUACCUCCCGUGCAUCAUGACUGUCAUACUGUCUCAGGUCUCCUUCUGGCUAAACAGAGAAUCGGUUCCUGCUCGCACUGUAUUUGGGGUCACCACUGUCCUAACCAUGACCACCCUGAGCAUCAGUGCUAGAAACUCCCUCCCUAAGGUGGCCUAUGCCACUGCCAUGGACUGGUUCAUGGCUGUGUGCUAUGCCUUUGUCUUCUCUGCCUUGAUUGAGUUUGCCACAGUCAACUACUUCACCAAGCGCAGCUGGGCAUGGGAUGGGAAAAAAGAGGGCAUGGAAAUAAGGGAACCGUUUCAGGCUAACAUGGCCAGGAUUAACGAUAUGAGAAGAGAGUCUGCGACUUUGUCCAAAAAGGCAAACAACACCUUCAACAUUGUUGGAACCACCUACGCCAUCAACGUGGCUAAAGACCAAGGUUUAACAACCAUUUCCAAGAGCGCCCCCGGACCGUCGGCCAAACACGCCUAUCUCCAUAAAAUGGAUGAUCCCUACACGGAGGCCAAGAAGUCCUACAACCGUGUCAGCAAAGUGGACAAGAUAUCGCGCAUCAUUUUCCCAGUUCUGUUCUUCCUUUUCAACUUAGGCUACUGGGCCACAUAUGUCAACAGAAAGCCCGCUAUCAUGAAGGCAAACAACUCAAACUGAAUUUGACCAAAUUGAAGGUUUGAUCUGGUUUGGUUUGGAGGGUAGACAAGUUUGCAGGAGGCCAAGUCCAUUACAUCUUAUCGUGUGUGUGUGAGUGUAUGCGUGUGCGCGUGUUUCGUGUGUCUGUUUUUUCUUAAGAGUUUGAUAUUUUGCACGUCUGUAUAGAUGGAAGGCAAAUUUUAAACAUACAGUAGACUCACAUAUAGUAUAGUAGACCCUGGAGGGAGCACAUUCUCACAUCACACCAUGUUUGUGCAGCAUUUCUUUUCUCCCCUCCACACUUAGCUCUGGCCCUGUCCCCUGUUGUGAGUAGUCCCUUUGCUGUAUCUUGAUUGCUUGCCGUUCUGUAGAGAAGUCAAAUUGUAUUUCCACUAUGUUUUGACAUGUUUGCGCUUUGCUUAUAAUAAGUUAGAGCAAGCAUGCGUUUGAAGUUUUCAUUGUAGCUCAUUACCAAUGAUAAGAUUUUGACACAUCCAUCAAGUUAACAACGUGCAUGCACAGACGCAGACACAGACAUGCAGUGAUGCAUUAGAAAACGCCAGAAGAGCCAUUCGUCGGUUGCUUUGCGGCGCUCUUUUAGCCGGGGGCAGCACGUAUAGUUCCAUAGGAACAUCAUUAAUAAUCGUCAGUGUCUGGCCUUCAGCUAACGCUGAAUCUCAACAGACCCAGGGCAGUAUCAUCUGGAAUUGCUAUCGCAUCCCAAGGGGCUGCCUGAAUAUUUUCUCAUCCAGUGGCUCUUAUUGUUUUAACUGGCUGAGUAUGCUCAAUGACAGAGAAGCUAUGUGCCUUGGUGAAUACACACAUUAUAAAGAAAAAAGGCUUUGACACGCUCACAUUUGCAUUUGCAGCACACAUAUGCACAAUGGUCUGUGUGUAUAUUACAUGCAAACAUAUACUGGUGUCCACAGGCUCCGUGCACUGCAGUAUGUGGCCGUGCCUCACCCACCCACCCAUGGGUAUGGGCACCAAGUGUAAAAUUGCCCAUUAGUGUGGAAGGUUAACAGACCUCUGCCUGUGAAAAGAUGAAGCAAAGAGAUUAAAGGAGCGUAGUCCAGAACAAUUAUCAUGUGCAUUUAUGUUUUGGCUCAUGGUGCAGCGUCUCCCUGAGCCAAGCAGUCAUAAACUACCACCAUUACCUCAGACUGAUGUCGAAUUAUGAAUCACAGUUUAUCAUAUGUUUUCCAUGGAAAUGCAAACAACAUUAGAUGUUUUUUACAUUAAAUACCAUACCAGACACUCUCUCUCUCUUUCUUUCUUUCUGUUUGGAGUAUAUUGUGGGCAGGCACCCCGGUGCCUUUAUCUCUUUGUUUUCUCUGCAUCAGUGUUUUUAGCUCCAUUAUGAUUUGUCUGCAUUUCUGCUUUGUCAUAAGCAAGAUUUUAAUUCAUGUUGUACUUUUGCUGUUUUAUACUUGAUUGUGUUCAGUAUAUAUUGGUGUUGAUUUUGAUUGUCUACAAAUGCUGUAUCAUUUUUGUGUUGAAGUAGACAACAAAGGCCAAUAUGUCCAGUCAUACAGUAUUUCUAAACAAAUUUCAGAGACACGGACAUCCCUGGAGACUUUUACAAUGCAAAAUGCUGUAAAAUUGGUCAAUGAGAAUUAAAUAAUACAGUAAAAUAAACUUAAUGUAAUUGUGAUCACACUAAAGAGCAAACUAAUGAUUCAGUUCUUUUAUUUUUAAUGUAAAACACGGUUUCAAAGUUGUAAAUCAGAUUUGACUCCAGUUGUGGCAACUGUCUCUCACUUUUGUUUUUCUGUUUGUUCAGUGACAUCUGUAUUUUUGUUUUGUGUUGAAUUUGGUACGUGUUUAUACAGGCGUAAUAUGAUUCUAAAGCAAUAUCUGUUGCUUUUUUCGGCCGGAUGCACUCUGGAUAAUUUGCAUUGUCUUAAUUAUAGACUGAUGGCCACUUCAUCCAGUGGAUUCAAACUGCAUCUUCAGUGGUAAGCAUAGGAGAGCGAGUGAACUGUGUUGUGGCCUCUUUAAAAGGUGUGUUAAUAACACCAUGUACAAUGUGUCAUAGGUUUAUGCAUGACAAUCUGUACACGUGUAUUUCUGCAACCUCCAAUAAUGGUGUUUGUCACACUGAAAUAGGGCUUAGUAUCCGUGUUUCUGUAGUUCAUCCCAAGUAUUCAUCAAUUACCUAUUCAUAACCUCAACAACAUCUGCAUAAACGCACUUAAACUCCAAUUAUUUGUGCAUAUUGAUGUGAUGCUAAUAAUUUACAGCUGGCACAGCGCUCUGAAAGUGUUUUUACCCUCAUUUGAUUGCACACAGAUUUUAAGUUUAACACACGCACACACCAGAUUGUCUCUACAUCAUCUCAGUGACAAACGUUUAAAUACAAAGUGAGAGAAAGGAAAGCCAGCUUGCAUGAGAGUAUGGAGAAGCACUAACACAAAAACUUUAGCAAAUGACUGGACUGGGGCUGUGCUGGACGGAAGAAACUCUUAGUGGACUAACAUUCAAAUGAUUUGUCGACUAAUCGAUCAGUUGAUGUAAUCGACAGAUCUGUAACACUGGGCUUUAAAUCUUGUUUUUGGAGGAAAUAGGUCAGGCAGCCCUAGACUAGACUAGCCAUGAUAAAUCACAAGACGGUAACACUUUAAUUGAAG